CAUCAUGAGCAUCGUUGACUACGGACCCGACUCUCACAACCACAUCUGUUAUUCUUACUGCCGACAGCCGAUACUGUCUUAUGGACGCUACCAGACACCUUCAGAUCGCAAACUGAUCCAAAGACCUCGCAAUGGAGGGUCUCGUGCGACAGGAGUAUCCUGGAAUGCUGGCGUCGCUGCCACCCUCACAGGCAGUCCACGUCUUCAGUGAGCGCGUAAAGCGUGUGGGAAAGCUCAAUGCGGAGAUAGCGGACUGGCUCCAGGAGCGCCGGAAGGUCGAGGAUUUAUAUGUACAAGGCCUUAAAAAGCUUGCACGGCGGCCACUGCCAGAUACCGCAUCCGAAUUGGGGAUAUUCAAUGCCCCAUGGUCACAGAUAGUGGCCUGGGUCGACGAGACUGCGAGCUCGCAUGCAAUUCUUUCAAAAGGAAUAGAGAAAGAUGUAGAGCAGGCGCUGCGACAAUUCCCCACGAAAAACAAAGAGAUGGGAUACGUUCUCACUAUACAAGGGCAUCUGGCACAGAUGGCGAAGGAAUAUGAAUCAGCUCAAGAUACUGUGGAUAAACUGGCAAAGAAGGGCUCGAAGGCCAACCAAGCAAAGACCCAGCAGGCAACACAGAAGCUGAACGCCAUAACGUCAGAAUGGGAAUCGCAGGCCCCGUUUAUAUUCGAGAAGCUCCAGACGAUCGACGAGACUCGCCUCAACCACCUCCGGGACGUGCUCACCCAAUUCGAAACCCACGAGAUGGACCAGGUUGAAAGGAACAGAGUAUCGACAGAGGCAGCUCUUACCUCGCUAUUAGAGGUAGACACUGCCGUGGAGAUUCAUAAUUUCGCCACGAAUGCUAUACAAGGGAAGCCCAAGCUCGAGCGGAGGGCGACUGCUGCUCGCACCGGCUCCACUGUCAGUGCUAGCAGUGCCAACCUAGCACUUCCGCCGCCGAGAAUGCCCAUUGAAGACAGCUCAAGCUUGCACUCUGCUAGAAAUGACGCGUCGUCCGAACACAAGAAAGAGAGUACGCUAAAGCGAUUUGGCACAAUAAUGAACCGAAGACGGCAAAGCAUACACGCGGGAUCCUUUGGCCAAUCCAGCUCUCCAUCCAAAGGCUUUUCUGCCCUUGGCGCACCCCCUCGGAGCAGAGACGGCCGACCAGCACCGUCCCCGCGUGCCUCGUCUAGCAAUCUACGUGAUAACACGCGGCAGAACAGCAGUCUGGGUGCAGUGGCAGAAUCACCAGCAACAUCACCCAGAACCUCCAAACUACAGUCACCCACUCAACCCGUUCCCGCCGAUGGUGAAAAUAGUACCGCCGAUACUACGCGUGACACGAAUGGAGGCGCAACAGGAGACGGAUCUUUAAUAGAUUCUGCAACCCCUCAGCCGCCACCACAAGUUGAUGGCGCCAGCUCUAACGCCGCUCAACUGGAUGCAGAAGGAUUUACCGUUCCGCCCGCCGCCAACGAUGCUAUAUCCCAGGCCCAGAGAGAAGCAAACAGUGAGAAUGAUGCGGCACCAGCAUUUAAGCUCAACAUCGCGCAGCAGGCUAUUCAAGAAGAGGAUGCAGAUGCCCAGGCUGCCUUGUCUAAUGUUGCAAAUACUCUCCGUACUGCCAACCUACCUGCGCCGUCACGAAAAGUUGGCACUGUGCGAGGACGCCGAGAUGUCAGAAAUUCGAUGUACGUCCCAGGGCCCGAAGUAGCUGUAGCUGAGGCACAACGUAGCCCCGGUGCUGCCAACUUUUCUGCACCUCCGGCCGCAUCCCAAGGGAUUGGUCGAGCUGCCAAUCUAGCAGCAUCAGCCAGUGAUCUUGGCUCGUCAGCUGAUUCGAUACGUUCCGCGACAUCUGCAGGAGCCGGGCAUAUUAAGCAUCCUGAGAUGACUAGGCCGGGUCUCAAUUCGUCCAUCAUUGAGACAGUGAACUUACUUUCUGAGAACGGCGAGAUCAAAACCGCUACCACUAUAGGCGAAAUAGCUUUGUCUUACGUGCACCCGGUAUCUGCUAAAGAAAUACCAGAUACUGCUGCGAUCCGGCUCUUCAACUUCGUCGGCCUUGAAGCGAUCGCGCCAAACAAGGCAUUCCUAAAUGAGUCAACUCUGCCUGGCGAAUACAGCGUUCAGCUCUCGGAGAUCAGACGGACCAACUGCGCCUUUAAAUAUAAGGUUCACACGGAGCCCUACAACCUUUACGCGCAAGUGCCGCUCCUCAUCAAGCCGAUAUGGAAGUUUACAGGCGAAAAACUCGGCGUCGUAGUCGAAUACUCGCUCAACUCGGCAUACUCUUCCGAACCGCUGACACUGAGCAACCUCACGCUGAUCGUGUCGUACGAAGGCGCAAAGGCGAUCAGCGCGCAGACGAGGCCGUCGGGCACACAUGUCAAGGAGAAGAAUCUGGUUUUCUGGCGCCUGGGUGACGCCCUGCUCGAGCCUGGGGUUACAAAGAAGGUCCUGGGUCGUCUGUUGGGUGACCAGGGGGGACAGGUUUUGCCGGGUGUUGUAGAGGCGAAGUGGGAGAUUGCCGUACCUGAGGGAACCGUAGUCGGCAGUGGGAUUGGUGUCAGCUGGAAGACCGGCGCGGCGGAAGAAAUAGAGGGGAAGGGUAAGAGUCCAGAGAACGCGGAGCCGGAUCCAUUCGCGGAUGAGGACGCGGCGAAGGGCGCCGAUAGUGGGGAGGCGAACGGAUGGACGAAAAUAGAGAGUGUACGAAAGGUUAUCAGUGGGAAGUAUGAUGCUAUCACCGGGGCCGACCAGGCAUAGUUAUCCCGGUGAGGUGGAACUGGGAAGGGUUUGGAGGAGGGGUUAUGACGGGGUUUGUUGGCUUUAAUAACGGUUUGUGAAUGAGGAAUUAGGCUGUGAUGCGAGGUAUAGGGUAGGAGAACCGCCUUUGUGAAUCAAGGGAUCAGCGGAGGAGUGUAGAAGUAGAUACCACAGCACAGCACAUGCGCUCGUUUUAUAUACAGCGAUUAGCCUGUUUUUCUUGCGUACAACAGUAUAUAUAACUCCAGC